AUGAAUACGAACCGCUAUCUUCAGAUACUCGAAAAUUACGCCUGGCCCACAUUGUCUGGCUGGGAUAAGAUUGGUGACCUGAUAUUCAUGCAGGAUGCUGCACCACACCGUUUUGCUCCCAUUGCGCGUGCGUGCUUCAAUAUCAAACUAGCAAUAUUCCCUGUUCAAUCUAUCUAUCUAUCUAUCUAUCUAUCUAUCUAUCUAUGUCAGUCUGUUCCUUAUCUAUCUAUCUAUCUAUCUAUCUAUCUCAUUCUGCUCAUAUCUAUCUAUCUAUCUAUCUAUCUAUCUAUCUAUUACAGAUUGUUCAUAUCUAUCUAUCUAUCUAUCUAUCUCAUUCUGCUCAUAUCUAUCUAUCUAUCUAUCUAUAUAUAUAUAUCAGCCUGUUCAUUAUCUAUCUAUCUAUCUAUCUAUCUAUCUAUCUAUCUAUCUAUGUCUGUUCCUUAUCUAUCUAUCUAUCUAUCUAUCUAUCUAUGUCAGUCUGUUCCUUAUCUAUCUAUCUAUCUAUCUAUUACAGAUUGUUCAUAUCUAUCUAUCUAUCUAUCUAUCUAUCUAUCUCAUUCUGCUCAUAUCUAUCUAUCUAUCUAUCUAUCUAUCUAUCUAUCUAUCUAUCUAUCACAGCCUGUUUAUUAUCUAUCUAUCUAUCUAUCUAUCUCACUCUGCUCAUAUCUAUCUGUCUGUCUAUCUAAAGUUGUUCUCGCGCCUGCAUAUACAUUUCAAUACAUUUAA